AGUCUCCAUAGAGCUGUCAGAUGGAUUCGGCUUCAGUUUCAUUCUCUGUCACCGUUAUAAUGGUCUGUCUGCUCGGAGCUGCGCACGGGUCCAACGGUGACAAGAACAGUUCUCUUUGUCCAGAAAUUCCCCAAAGAAACCAAACAGAAGAUCCACCAAAGAUUCCUCGGAAAGUUAACGAAAUCUUUCGGUACACAUGUAUAGAAGGAUACGUAAGGAAAGUAGGAACCUCAAAUCUCAUCAAAUGCAAGCUAUCUCAGGGGCGUCUACAGUGGUCCCAGUACAACCUUGAAUGUAUAUUGAAUCCGAACCUCCCAACUCAACAACCGAAGAGCACAAGAACAACACCUUCCACCAGCAUACGUAUGAUCCUCGAAGGAAGCAUGUCGGCUUCAGUGGCUCCGCAAACAGAGAGAACAGAGCUAACAUCACCUAGUGUGCAGAGUACAUCUGACUCCCCACAGGCAUCCAUCUCAACCACCACUAAGCCAGUGAGCGGGACAUUUGAUGCUGAAAAGUCUGCUCAGUUCAGACUAACAACAGCAGUGGUGAUCGUUUCCAUUUUAUUGGUGAUUGUUGGUGCUUUGUUCGGAAUCACCUUCUAUUGUAGAAGGAGGUCAAGAAACAACUUCCCACUGCCGUCACGAGAAGAGGUGACACCCAUGAAUUGUGUUUUAUCUGGACAGGCAUAAAGUUUGACCCUAUGACCUUCUGCUGCCAGAAUACAACAUAACAUCUUAAGCGCUCAAGGGAUUGUCCUCCAUGCUGUGAGGAAUACUUAUUAACUGAACUACAAAUUAUGCAUGUGCGUGUCACCUCUGUUUGACCAUAUGAUGCUCUGUGGACAUUAGGCCAAAUCAUAAUGAUUUGGCAUUUGUCAUUUGCAUAUUCCCACCAAGCUGAACUUUUUUUAGUAGAUCUCAAGACACCCCAUAUUUGAACACCACAUGAGCUUUAAUUCUGACAACUAUGGAACCUGGUGCUUUGUUUUUGUUUUUAUUUCAUAUGCAGUACAUCUGGUGAUACUGGAGGGGAGGGUCCCCACAGAGCAGACAAGAGAACUAGAAGCUUCUCAGGAAUUUUGGUCAACAACACUUCAGACACCAAACCAGAUGGUUGCCACCAGUCUUCACAAAAGCGAGCCUUAUAUCCUGCAAGGCUGUUAAACUAGAUGCAUGUCUGGAAUUUCCAUUCUGCAUCCCAUUAUGGCCUGCAGACAUUCCAGGAAUAAACAGCAGCUCACCAUCAAAACCAAAACUAGCCACUAGCAGAAAAGCAAUUUAAAACUCCUUUCGGACAUGCACACCUACCCAAGACACAACUUCCCAUUCAAUUUAAUGGGAAACUCUAAAUGGUCCAAACUGUUGACUGGUAGUGUUUAACCACCCUGGUGUAAAAAUACUGGAAUAUACAUAUAAAUACAGUUAUCAGAUAAAAUACCACAUAAGUGACCUCAGUUCUGAAUGGUAACUACAGCCAUGGUUAAACUGACUCCAAAACCAAUUGGCCAUAACAGAAAGACAUUAACACAUAAUGCAAAUGUUUAUCUUUGUGUAAGGUUUUCCCUUAGCAACAAUUUCCCUGUAUAAAAUGACACCUGUAAACCUUGUAAGCAUGAGGUGCUUCAAAUGUUUUAAUCAAUGGAUGACUGUAUUAUUAUGUUUUAACAUUUAUUAAAGCUUCUACAGCUUUAUUUUUCA